AUGACAGAUAUCGAGUUUUCGGGGUCGGAAAAUGAGAAAUCUGUGCUUUUUAUAUACCACAAUCUCCUUAUGUUUGAAGAAUCAUUACGACAAGAAUAUAUUUCUUUAUAUCUUCGUCGACGGAAAUAUUCAAAAGUGUUUUUUUUAUGGCUUUUAUCAUGGAUUGUGUACUUUUUUUACGGAGUUUUUAUUGUACCUUCUAAUUACUAUUAUGUUUCUUUGUUAUAUCGGCUUUGUCUUUUGGCAGGAGUAAUCACACUUUUAUUGUUUUAUCUUUCAGGGUUAUAUAGCAAGACGUUAAUGUUGCCGCUUAAAUUUAUUCCAUAUACAAACAAAUGUUUACGUCCAUAUAAUCUUAAAAUUGUGCCAAAUCGCACAAUAAAGUCACGUUUACUUCGGCUUUUGCCACACAGGAUGUUAGCAAGACCGGAUUAUGGUGAGGGUGGUGUUAGACUUGUUCUUCUAAGCAAGGGGUUUGACCGAAGCUUUUGUGAAGGUUGGGAAAUGUUUCGACAGGAAUAUUGGGCAAGCGAGCAAAAUCGUUUAAUGCAGAAAAAAGACAAGAAACGAGUAGAAUCAGCUUCUAAAUAUCCAGAAAAGCUUUCAAAAAAAAAGAAAAAGGAAUAA